UGAAGAAGCGGACGAACUAUUCACGAAAAAUCAAGUUUCUGAAAAGCAUUUGGCAAAACUUUACCGCGCUGAUGACAUUUUGGUCACCAGAGAAGAGGGAGAAGAGAUUGCCGUUAUUUGCCACUCGGUCCAUAGCCAGGAGUCAGGCAUGAUCUCUUUAGCAUGUCGUUUGUGGGAAUUCGAUGCUUCCUUCCACCUGGGUCCAAAAACUUUCGGACUAAUUUGGCCUCGGCGAACGGAUACUGCCAUUGGGGAUCCAAUGCCAAUAAUCAACCUAUCUAUAUAUCCUCUGAAAUACGGAGUCCAGGGUUUACGGAAGCGCCUGCUGGAACGUGGGAGAAUGUUAUGGAGUUGCAGAUUCCAAAAGUACGUCAGUUAUGACGCACCAAAACAAGGCAUAGAUGCACAAGCGAUUCAUGCUCGUUACAUGAUUGACAUGAAUGCCUAUCAUGAACUUCACCCGGAGAGCAACACUCGACGAGAAAACUGGCGUAUGGGCGACAUUGACGAGGCUACUAUGGAGAGUGACAAUCCACCCCCGGACGAUUUCCUCCUUUGCCUACCGGCAACAUUACGAGGUUACUGGUUUCUCAAAAAACGGUGGAUGACGCUCAAGAUUCGUUAUAUCAAGGAAGUCACCUGGGAAGAAUCAGCAUUUGAGACACUCGUCCUAGACAACCAUAAAAAAGAGAUGCUGAAAGCGCUUGUCACUACCCAUGACUCCGGAAACUCCUCGCUAGAUGUGAUCGAGGGCAAAGGCAACGGACUGAUACUACUACUCCAUGGCCCACCUGGGACGGGCAAAACUUUGACUGCCGAGGGCAUCGCGGAGCUAACACACAAACCUCUAUACAGAGUCACGUGUGGUGACAUUGGCACCACGCCUGAUGUCGUAGAGAGAUAUCUGGACUCUGUUCUGCACAUUGGCAGAGUCUGGGGUUGUGUGGUACUGCUCGACGAGGCCGACGUCUUUCUGGAAGAACGCUCGCCGAUGAACCUCGAGCGCAACGCUCUAGUUUCCAUCUUUCUUCGUGUCUUGGAGUACUAUGAGGGAAUACUCAUUCUGACGACCAAUCGAGUCGGAACGUUCGACGAGGCUUUCAAAUCCCGAAUCCAACUUGCCAUACACUAUCCAAGUCUUAAUCAGGAGGAUCGCAUGUCAAUCUGGAGCAAUUUUCUGGAGUCCAUGGGGGAUGAAGUCGACAUCCUUGGGCUGCGCAAGAAGUACAUGGUGCUUUCACUGACUCCUCUGAAUGGCCGACAGAUAAGAAACACCAUCAAAACAGCUCGACAACUGGCACUCUUCAAAAAGGAAGUGAUGGGUUAUUCUCAUCUGCAAGAGACGAUCAAAAUCAGCAACGAGUUUGAAAAUUAUAUUCAGCAAGCGAUGGGGCAAACGCAUGCACAAAGAGCGGUUGACACUUCCAUGAGAGCUCCUGAGCCGACUGAAUAAAAGAUUGCGUUGUCAACGCUUGCUCGCUGGCGUGAAAGGUCAUUCCGAACUAUUUCGUACCAUUGGAACUAUGUCGUUUUAUGUUGAAGUUCGGUC